GGGGAACCAUUUCGGAAUCGUAGCGCCACCACAGAGAGAGAGAGAGAGAGAGAGAGAGAGAGAAUGAGAAUGAGAAUAUCGGAAUGGAGCGGAGAAUAAUCGCGUUUGCGUUAUAACUACAGCGAUUUCCUACAACUGGAAAAGGGGAAAGAAAACACCAAAUCCCGAGUGAUAUAUCACAGAGCAGGAGAAAGAGAAGAGGAGAAAAACGCAGCCAUGCGAUGAAGAACAGGGAGCACCGGAGGCGAGAAAACGGGAGGAAAAACAUGGGCGCAGUGCUGCGGACUCUCUUUUUGUGUACUUUUUGUUUGCAAAUACGCGCCGUGCCUCUCCUCCUGUACGCCAACAGACGCGACUUGCGGCUGGUGGACGCGGCCCUGGGACGCAGCGCCAACGCCACAGUGGUGGUGAGCGGCCUGGAGGACGCGGCGGCUGUGGACUUCGUUUACAGCCACGGUCUGAUCUACUGGAGCGAUGUGAGCGAUGAGGCCAUCAAACGGACCGCCUUCAAUGACUCGAGCUCUGGAACCCAGAGCACGGUGGUGUCGGGUCUGGCCUCACCUGACGGUUUGGCAUGCGACUGGCUAGGGAGUAAACUUUACUGGACAGACUCAGAAACGAACCGAGUCGAGGUAGCUGAACUUGACGGUACGCUCAGGAAAGUUCUUUUCUGGCAGGAUCUGGACCAGCCGAGAGCGAUCGCUCUGGAUCCGAGCAGAGGGUACAUGUACUGGACAGACUGGGGGGAGAUCCCUAAGAUUGAAAGGGCAGGUAUGGAUGGCACAAAUCGAGCCGUGAUCAUCGAUACAGAGAUCUACUGGCCCAACGGGCUCACGUUGGACUACACCCAGCAGAAGCUUUACUGGGCCGACGCCAAAUACAACUUUAUUCAUCGCUCCAAUCUGGAUGGCACAGGGAGAGAAGUGGUAGUGAAGGGCUCUCUACCACACCCCUUUGCCCUAACGCUGUACGAAGACACGCUCUUCUGGACUGACUGGAACACGCACUCCAUCCACUCGUGCCAGAAGCAGAACGGGGAGGAGCACCGUGAGAUCCACUCCAACAUCUUCUCACCCAUGGACAUCCACGUCUUCAGCCAAAAGAGACAGCUCAUGGACGUGACGAGUCAGUGCUCUGUGAAAAACGGUGGCUGUUCUCACCUGUGCCUGCUUUCUCCGGUGAAGCCGUACUAUCAGUGCGCCUGUCCCACCGGCGUGCAGCUGCUGGAGGACAGCAAGACCUGCCGAGAUGGAGCAACUAAGCUGCUCCUCCUGGCCCGGCGCACAGACCUGCGACGCAUCUCACUGGACACACCUGACUUCACCGACAUCGUACUGCAUGCUGAAGACAUCCGGCACGCCAUCGCCAUCGAUUACGACCCUGUAGACGGCCAUGUCUAUUGGACUGACGACGAAGUGCACGCGAUCCGUCGCUCUCGGUUAGACGGCAGCGACACACAGCUACUCGUCACCUCGCAAGUGAAUCACCCAGACGGCAUCGCCGUGGACUGGAUUGCACGCAACCUUUACUGGACCGACACAGGCACCGACCGCAUUGAAGUGACACGUCUCAACGGUACCAUGAGGAAGAUCUUGAUUUCUGAGGAGCUGGAUGAGCCUAGAGCGAUCGUCCUGGAUCCUGUCUCAGGAUACAUGUACUGGACCGACUGGGGCGAGAUCCCUAAGAUUGAGCGUGCUACUCUGGAUGGAACCGACCGAGUUGUGAUGGUGAACACUUCCCUGGGCUGGCCCAACGGCUUAGCACUCGAUUAUUCAGAGAGGAAAAUCUACUGGGGAGAUGCUAAGACUGACAAGAUAGAGAUGAUGAACAUGGAUGGAACUGGGCGCAGGAUCUUAGUUGAGGACAAACUUCCACACAUAUUCGGCUUCACCCUCCUGGGUGACUAUGUUUACUGGACAGACUGGCAGAGGCGGAGCAUCGAGCGUGUGCACAAACGCACCGCUGAACGGGAAGUCAUCAUUGACCAACUGCCUGACCUCAUGGGACUGAAGGCCACCUAUGUCCACCAGGCUUUCGGUACAAAUGCAUGUGCUGAUAACAACGGUGGCUGCAGUCACCUGUGCCUGUACAGGCCGCAGGGUGUGUCGUGCGCGUGUCCCAUCGGCCUGGAGCUCAUGAGCGAUAUGAGCACGUGCAUUGUGCCGGAAGCCUUCCUGCUCUUCUCACGUCACACUGACAUCCGCCGUAUCUCCCUCGAAACCAAUAACAACAACGUAGCCAUCCCGCUCACCGGUGUCAAGGAGGCUUCAGCACUCGACUUCGACGUUACUGAUAAUCGCAUCUACUGGACCGAUAUCACACUAAAGACCAUCAGUCGAGCAUUCAUGAAUGGCAGUGCCCUGGAGCAUGUGGUCGAGUUUGGUCUGGAUUACCCAGAGGGCAUGGCGGUGGACUGGCUGGGAAAGAACCUGUAUUGGGCUGACACUGGCACAAACCGCAUUGAGGUGGCAAAGCUGGAUGGCCAGCACAGGCAGGUCCUUGUGUGGAAAGACCUGGACAGUCCACGAGCUCUAGCACUGGACCCUGCUGAAGGUUUCAUGUACUGGACCGAAUGGGGUGGGAGACCCAAGAUUGACCGUGCAGCCAUGGACGGCACCGGUCGCAUCACACUGGUGCCCAACGUGGGUCGUGCUAAUGGGCUCACCAUUGACUAUGCUGAGAGACGGCUCUACUGGACUGACCUGGACACCACGCUUAUUGAAUCUUCCAACAUGCUCGGUCUUGAGCGUGAGGUGAUCGCCGAUGACUUGCCCCACCCUUUUGGUCUCACGCAAUACCAAGACUACAUUUACUGGACGGACUGGAGCCAGCGCAGCAUCGAGCGUGCUAACAAAACCAGCGGGCAGAACCGCACGCUCAUCCAGGGCCAUCUGGACUACGUCAUGGACAUCCUGGUGUUCCACUCGUCACGUCAGGGAGGCUGGAACGCCUGCGCCUCUACCAACGGUCACUGCUCGCACCUGUGCCUGGCCGUGCCAGUCAGCAGUUACGUGUGUGGCUGCCCGGCGCAUUACUCACUUAAUGAUGACAACAAGACCUGCAGUGCACCCACCUCUUUCCUCCUGUUCAGCCAGAAGUCCGCUAUUAAUCGCAUGGUAAUGGACGAGCAGCAGAGCCCUGACAUCAUCCUACCCAUUCACAGCCUGCGUAACGUGCGAGCCAUCGACUACGACCCACUCGACAAGCAGCUCUACUGGAUCGACUCGAAGCAGAACGUCAUCCGUCGUGCCCAGGAGGAUGGAAACCAGAGUAUGACCGUGGUGUCCAACACAGUGGGGGGCCACAAUCUGGGCUUACAGCCAUUUGACCUGAGCAUCGACAUCUACAGCCGCUUCAUCUACUGGACCAGCGAGGUGACCAACGUGAUUAAUGUGACGCGUCUCGAUGGCUCGCGUGUUGGAGUGGUGCUCCGUGGAGAGCAUGACAAGCCCCGGGCCAUCGUAGUUAACCCAGAGAGAGGGUACAUGUACUUCACCAACAUGCAGGAGCGCUCCCCUAAGAUCGAGCGAGCGGCUCUGGACGGCACUGAGCGAGAGGUGCUGUUCUUCAGUGGCCUGAGCAAACCUGCUGCCCUCGCUAUCGACAACGAACUGGGUAAACUGUUCUGGGCCGACAUGGACCUGCGUCGCAUCGAGAGCAGUGAUCUGUCUGGCGCCAAUCGGAUUGUGAUCGAAGACUCCAACAUACUGCAGCCAGUGGGGCUGACGGUGUUCGGGAAUCACCUCUACUGGAUUGAUCGGCAGCAGCAGAUGAUUGAGCGCAUCGACAAAACGACGCGGGAGGGUCGCACCAAAAUCCAAGCUCGCAUUAUCGCGCUCACGGACAUCCAUGCAGUCCACGAGCUUCACAUGGACGAGUACAAUAAACACCCCUGUACCCAAGACAACGGAGGAUGCUCCCACAUCUGUAUAGUGAAAGGAGAUGGUACGACCCGCUGCUCCUGCCCUGUUCACCUGGUCCUUCUGGUAGAUGAGCUUUCCUGUGGAGAACCUCCCACGUGUUCCCCAGAGCAGUUCUCCUGCACCUCAGGAGAGGUGGACUGCAUCCCACGGGCCUGGCGCUGCGACGGAUACGUCGAGUGUAAAGAUGAAAGCGAUGAGCACGACUGCCCCGUGUGCUCGGACGACGAGUUUCAGUGCGACAGCAAGCAGUGCGUGGACCUCUCACUGCGCUGCAAUGGCGAGAUCAACUGCCAGGACCGCUCAGAUGAAAACAAGUGCGAUGUUCAUUGCCCUCCGGAUCAGUUCACCUGUAAUAACGGCCAGUGCAUUGGCAAACACAAGAAGUGCGACCAUAACAUGGACUGCACAGACAACUCUGAUGAAAUUGGCUGCUACCCCACAGAGGAGCCUUCUCCGCAGCCCACCAACACCAUCGGCUCCAUCGUCGGUGUAGUGAUGACACUGUUUGUUGUGGGCGCCGUGUACUUUGUGUGCCAGCGUGUCCUGUGCCCGCAGAUGGUGGGCGACGGCGAGACCAUGACUAACGAUUUCGUCGUGCACGGGCCGUCCUCUGUGCCGUUGGGCUACGUGCCUCAUCCCAGCUCCCUGUCCGGUUCUCUUCCAGGCAUGUCUCGUGGGAAGUCUGUGAUUGGCUCAUUGAGCAUCAUGGGUGGAAGCAGUGGGCCGCCGUAUGAUCGUGCUCACGUAACGGGCGCUUCCUCCAGCAGCUCGUCCAGCACUAAGGGCACUUACUUCCCUCCUAUCCUGAACCCUCCUCCUUCUCCAGCUACAGUGCGCUCUCAGUACACAAUGGAGUUUGGCUACUCAUCCAACAGUCCUUCCACACACCGCUCAUACAGCUACAGACCAUACAGCUAUCGGCACUUUGCUCCUCCAACCACGCCGUGCAGCACAGACGUGUGCGACAGCGACUACACGCCAGGCCGCAGAGCACAGCCUGUCUCCUCCAGCGUCAUGGCUAAGGGCUACGCGAGCGAUGCCAACUACGACUCGGAGCCGUUCCCACCUCCACCCACGCCGCGCAGCCAGUACCUGUCAGCUGAAGAGAACUGCGAAAGCUGCCCGCCGUCGCCGUACACAGAGCGCAGCUACUCGCAGCACCUUUACCCUCCUCCUCCCUCGCCCUGCACCGACUCGUCCUGAGCCCCACCGAUCACGUCCAUAAACACAAGAAGCCCCACACGCCCCACCCUGCCAUCUCAACCGGUGUAAAUAACAGUUGUGCAUAGAAUGACUUUUUUUUUUAAAUAAAGAAGAGUGACUGAUGUGUAUGAUGUUCUGUUAAAGAACAAGAAACAGUUUUUAGGGGGGGAAAAAGAGACACUUUGGCGUGCAGAGGUGGUGGAUACUUGUAAAAAAAAAAAAAAAAAAAAAAAAAUUAAGAAAGAAAAGAAAGCAUAUUUAUAUAUUUUCUAUACAGCGUUUAUUGGUUAUGCCAUAGAGCUUUGUAUUGCUAAAAAAAAUUUGUACAUUUUUUAAAGAAGAAAGUUUUAUUAAAUUCACACAGACAUCAUGUUGCCUUAAUCCAAGAGUGCGUAAUCAAGCUACCUGUUAUGAGGCUAAAGCACUCGCUGGAAACGUGGGGGGGGGAGGACUGCAGCUUGUUAACUUUUUCUGAUGCCAAAAAAAGAAAAGAAAAGAAAAACCCCCAAGUCAUAGAGAAUGGAUGGAGAAGAAGAAUGGAGCCUCCCUGUGGCUCUCACUGGCAUUACACCGCUCAGCUCUGUUCGGUGGGGCCAUUUUGUCUGAAGCUCAACCACUAAGAUCUACUGAUCAGCCAGUCCACCUAGAGCCCUCCUACAACCUCAGAGAAGAACAUCUCGCUUCUGGUGACCUUUUCCACCUGGUUUUUUGCAUCAUUCUUUUUCUUUUCCAACAGCCCACCACGGCUCUACUGGAAAGCGGAAAGCUGAGGGAAACGUAGCAAUAAGAAGAUGACCGAUGGUCAGACAGAUGUGUGGAGCUGCUGAUUUAGUCAUAAAGAAGAAGCAACAGAUUCCUUUUGGCUCCAGUGGCUCUUGAUAGCCAGCUCCAGGACAGACAGAUGAGGAAACGCCACUAUACAGUCUUGAGCAAAUAACCAAAAUGCUUCACUUUUGCCUCAAACUCAGUUUUGUUUGUUCUUUUUUUUUUUUUUUUGUUCCCUUCCUCCUCCUUUUCAUGCCUGACUGCAAGUCCAAUCUAGCAGAAGGUCACAACUCGGAGCACAUCUCUCGUAUCCUCUGUCCUUUCUCCCUGCCAUCUCCUCACCGGCCAUCAGCACUGUUUAUUCCUUAGGGGAAUUAUAUAUUCAAAUAUUCAUCACAAACCUUCAGCACACAAUCAAGGACAAGUUUAUUGUGCCUGAGCAGUUUUCUUUUCUUCUUCUUCUUCUUCUUCUUCUUCUUUAAAAAAAAAAAAAAAGCUCUUUUAGAUAAUUUUGCAUCUCUCUCUCUCUCUCUCUCUCUCUCUCUCUCUCUCUUUCUCUUUUUAAAAAGACUACCAGUGCCCAUAAAAUGUCAAAAUAUUUUUGUACCACAUAUUGUAUAGAUACCGUAUUUAUAAGCUAUAAAAAGGAAGAAAACUUGUAAAUCUCUCCAUGAUAUCCUUGCAGUGCUUUACCAGUAUGCUUUCAAUAUAUGCUUCGUUCUAUUUUUCUAUAAAAAAGACAAAUAUGUAUGACGGUGGAAGUACAGUGACAAUCCGUGCCGAACAUCCCGAAGCCGAAGAACGUGGAUUCACGAGUGUCUGUCCUGUUUAAACAAAACAGAAAAGGACAUAUACUUACUUUGACAGUUUUACACCAGUUAAGUGUUUUAUAAGCAGGAGCUCCUGUUUUUUGUUGUUGUUGUUUUUUUUUCUUCAGUCCUGGAGUCCUUUUUCAUGUUUUUCAUGAUGACUGAUCAGCUCUGAUGCUCUUAAUACACCCAAACCUACGUGUCUUUUUUUUUUUUUUUUUUUUUUUUUUUUUUACACCAUCUUCAGUUUCCAGCUGAAUCGGGACUCUUCUUCAUACCAUCAGGAUGAAGCCAGUGUGCUUUUAUCUGUUACUUCCUUUUUGUUUUUUGUUUUUUUUUGUUUUUUUAUCAAAUAAGGGACAUUGCACCAGCACAAAUAUUUGACUCUUCUUGCUUUUAGAGACCCUGUUUUUAUCACCUGUAUGGAAUGAUGUGUUUGAGAAGAGAGACACGAGAAGCGUCACACACACACACAAGUCCAGGUAGACAAUCAGCAGGAUGUUCUGUUUAAUACAGCGUGCAGCAUUGAGUUCCCAUAGCUGCUGUGUCCAACAACAAACCCAUCUCGCUGCCUUUGUGGGCAGCUUUUACUUUCUGAUUUUUUAAAAAAAUCGGCUUUUAAGUUAACCUCUGUACAGUUCCAGUCACGCUGCUGCCUUGUUUUCCUCUGCCCAAAAUCCACUGCAUCCUUCACUGUGAUGAAUCUGAAACGUUCUCAUGCGGUACAAUCAGAUACAUAUCCGUUUACAUCCUUUACACAUCGGACCCGUUUUUAAGCCCUGACGCUCUCUCUCUCUCUCUCUCUCCCUCCCUUACUGCAAAGGGCUCUUGGGUAAUUCCCCUUCUUCUGUGUACGAGUACCAUCCUGUCAAAACCAGCAUCGUCGUCAGGCAAUAUUCUCAGUCUCCUACUGCACUUUAGGGUACCUCGGCUUAGUUACCGGUACGACAACGCGCACAUGCGUGAACGCGUGACAAAGUUCUCAAUGAAUCAGCAUUUUAUUAGGUGCCAUCGUACUUUCCUCAGUUGUAGCAAUGUAUCGUUUAAAAAGAAAUCUUAUCAAACAUUAAGUGGCUACCAAAGGUAUGAUGAAACUCUUUAUCAGGAUCAGGCCUUUUACUGUUUCAGUGUAAUUUAAAGAGAAGGCUUUUUUCCCUCUUAAAAUCCGAGAGAUGUUGAAGUUCAGACUCCGUGACUGGGGGGUUUCUAAAAGGCUGUGGUGAAAUGAUGGUCAAAGAUCUAGCUGCCUCAUGCUGCCAUGGAGGGACAAACAUUAAGCACUUUGGCUCCUGCGUGUAGGAUCAUAGCAGAGAGUUGAGAUGGAGAGUGAAGGACAGUGGGGCCUGUUCAUCUGAGACUAUUUUCUUGUCAUCGUUCGUUACUUUCUUUUUUUUUUUUUUUUUUUU